AUGGCGCUCUACCACCUAUUCUCGCACCCGGUCGAGCGCGGCUACCGCGCGGGGCUCUGCUCCAAGGCCGCACUCUUCCUGCUGCUGACCGCCGCGCUCACCUACAUUCCGCCGCUGCUGGUCGCCUUCCGGAGCCACGGGUUUUGGCUGAAGCGGAGCAGCUACGAGGAGCAGCCGACGGUGCGCUUCCAGCACCAGGUUCUACUCGUGGCCCUGCUGGGACCCGAGCGCGAUGGGUUCCUCGCGUGGAGUACGUUUCCCGCCUUCAACCGGCUGCAGGGGGAUCACUUGCGCGUCCCGCUGGUCUCGACGAGAGAAGAAGACCGGAACCAGGAUGGGAAGAUGGAUGUGCUGCACUUCAGCCUGGAGCUUCCCCUGCAGGCCACGGAGCACGUUCUCGGCGUGCAGCUCAUCCUGACUUUCUCCUACCAAUUGCACAGAAUGUCGACCUUCGUGAUGCAGAGCCUGGCAUUCCUACAGUCGUCCUUCGCCGUGCCAGGGUCCCAGUUAUAUGUGAACGGAGACCUCAGGCUGCAGCAGAGGCAGCCGCUGAGCUAUGGCGGCCUUGAUGUCCGAUACAACGUAUCUGUGAUCAAUGGCACCAGCCCUUUUGCCCGUGACUACGACCUUACCCGCAUUGUGGCUGCCUACCAGGAAAGGAACGUUACCACCGUCCUGAGUGACCCCCAUCCCAUCUGGCUGGUGGGCAGGGCCGCCGAAGCUCCCUUUGUGAUCAACGCUGUCAUCCGGUACCCGGUGGAGGUCAUUUCCUACCAGCCAGGCUUCUGGGAGAUGAUCAAGUUUGCCUGGCUCCAGUAUGUUAGCAUCCUGCUUGUCUUCCUGUGGGUGUUUGAGAGAAUCAAGAUAUUUGUGUUUCAAAAUCAGGUGGUGACCACAAUUCCCAUCACAGCCACGCCCCGGAUGGAUGUGUGCAAGGAGCACCUGUCUUAGGCCCGGUUUCCGGUGGGCUGCAUUGAGCAGGAUGGGACCACAGGCACACUGGAGGGCAUGUGUACUGCUGCCCCCUGGACACAGGACAGCUCCUACCCGUUCUGCUCCACCCAGAUGUCCCGUCUAGCGAGCAGCUGCGGAAUCUCCAGGGCCCGCUAGGAGUGGGGGCCAAGGCUGCCUGAGGCUGUCAGUCUUGUUCUCCUUUUUGUUUGUUUUGCCUUACACUGAAAUUUCAGAAGAAAAGUUGCAAUCAGUUUGGACAACUUGGAGAGAGACCCACGUCUCAUCAAGCAGACUUUUCUUCUACACACUAAGCAUCUUUUCCAUCUGUUGUAAGCCUGCCUUCCUUUCUUUCUUUCUCUCUCUUCCUUUCUUUCUUUCUCUCUCUUUCUUUCUUUCUUUUCUUUUGUUUCAGUGUUCCCUUGUCACAAAUGCACUUCCAUAGCACAGCCCUGUCCUGGCCAUCUGUAGUUCCCAUUCACAGUUUUGAUUUCCAGAAUAGAGGCCUUUAGCCCGAGAAAGGAGGGGUUGGGUCCAAACGUACACGGGAGAGUGGGUAACCCAAGGAUACCAGGGCCAUCCACCUGCCCCCAGCCUCACAGACAGCAUCUGUCUCAGCCUCAGCUGAGUGGCCUUCAUCCCCGCCAGCCUGGCUCUGCCCUCUGCCCACUGCCCUCUGUUCCCCUGGAGCAGCAGGCUGAAGUCAGCUGUGCUAAUCCAUUCACAGACCCCUUGGCUAGUGAGGGGAGGCUAAGGCUCCUAACAACAGGUUCUUUUUCCCUGGCCUACACCCAGCAGCCUGGACACUCACCACUCCUCACUGACUGCCCUUCCCCCUUCCUGCAAAGGACACGGGUGACAGAAGAGCCCUUGUUGGUCUUGGCUCCCGCAGCCUGACAACGGCAGGGUUUAUUUGGAGGGCUAGCGCAAAGCCCAGAUCCUUGUGUUUCCCUUGACGAAAGAGCUGGUGGGCAGCUCAUCCUAGCAGGCAGGCCGGGGGGGGCGGGGGAGGCCGCAGGAGCAGUGAAGAGGUGAGGAAGGUGCCAGCCUCUGCGGCACAGUGCAGCCUGGCUGUGAGCAGAAGGACGAGCAGUCCAGCUGAGCUAAGAG